AUGAUUAACGCGCUCAGAGCGCUCCCACGCCGCUGGUUCUUCAUAUUCGUAGCCUUCGUGUCCGUGCUGUUUCUUCUACUUCUCCACGCUCGUACGUCUUCACUCGAUCGACCUUUCGACCUACCUUCUUAUAAGUCGCCUCCCAAGACUAAUGACGGCCACUUCAGCUGGGCGGAUCGCCCAGUCCAUUAUCCCCUGAAACAACUCGCUUCCCUCCCCAAAGGCCAGCCAAAGCAGCUUCCCAACGUCCAAUAUCGGUUCUCCCAAGAGUCGGCCGCCGAAGAGACUGUCCGUUUGGCCCGUCGCGAGAAGAUCAAAGCCGCCUUUCAAAAAUGCUGGUCCUCCUACCGAUCCCGUGCCUGGAUGCACGAUGAACUAUCUCCCAUAUCCGGCAGGGGACGUGAUACAUUUGGGGGUUGGGCUGCCACUAUGGUCGAUGCACUAGAUACGUUGUGGAUUAUGGAUAUGAAGUAUGAAUUCCAUGAAGCGGUUGAGUCGGCUCGACAGAUUGAUUUCUCAAAGUCCACAGACGAAGUGGUGAAUAUUUUCGAGACUACAAUUCGCUACCUGGGUGGUUUUCUCGCAGCAUACGAUCUCAGUGGAGAGCGCAUCCUGUUAGACAAAGCUAUCGAAGUCGGUGAGAUGCUCCUCGUUGCAUUUGAUACUCCGAACCACUUCCCCAUUACGCGCUGGCAGUGGAAGCAGGCCACCGACUCCCGCCUCCGACAAGAAACUCCACCGUGGAUGCUGGUUUCCGAACUUGGCUCAUUGACACUCGAGUUCACGCGUCUGAGUCAAUUGACUGGCGAUAUGAGGUGGUAUGACGCUAUCACACGAAUUACAGAUUUAUUUGAUGAACAACAAGACCGGACAAAAUUGCCUGGACUUUGGCCUGUAGUAGUCAAUCCUAAAGACAAAGACUUGACUGCCGACGGCACCUUUACACUAGGAGGGAUGUCUGACUCGCUCUACGAGUACUUUCCCAAGGAAUUCGCAUUACUGGGUGGUUUAUCCCCCGUGUACCAGAAACUGUACAAUGGUUCUAUUGCUGCGAUUACGAAACAUAUACUAUUCAAACCAAUGACCCCUGAACAUGCGGACAUUCUUAUGGCUGGGGAUGUGAAGGUGGAUGAGAAUGGUGUGGUCUCAUUGCAGCCAAGGAACCAGCAUUUGACAUGUUUCACCGGUGGAAUGCUAGCCUUAGGUGGGCGUCUCUUCUCCAGCGAGGACCACGUAGAGUUAGGACGCAAGAUUACCACGGGCUGUAUCUGGGCAUAUGAGAACGGUCCUCGGGGUGUUAUGCCUGAGAUUGCACAUUUUGUGCCUUGUCCUACCCAGGGCAAGUGCCAAUGGGAUGAAGACCGAUGGGAAGCUGCGGUGAUCGACCGACACGGUCCUGAACAAGCCAGCAGAAAUGCUGCCGAGAUCAUCUCUGAAAAGAAACUCCCAAAAGGCUUUGCAGAAAUCGAUGACCGGCGGUAUAUCUUACGCCCCGAAGCAAUUGAAAGUGUCUUUAUCAUGUAUCGAGUCACCGGAGAUCGUUCGUAUCUGGAGGCUGCGUGGGACAUGUUCAAUGCUAUACAAGCUAUCACGGAAACCGAAUACGGGAAUGCAGCUGUCCUUGAUAUCACGGGCACUAGCAUGGAGGGCGACGGAUUAGACAAGGGACUACCGCCAAAGCAAGACCGCAUGGAAAGCUUCUGGUUUGCAGAGACUCUGAAGUACUUCUACCUCAUUUACAGCGAACCCGAGUUGAUCAGUCUCGACGACUAUGUUCUCAACACGGAGGCACAUCCGUUAAGAAGGCCAGUUUGA